AUGGCGGGCCGAAUGGUCUUGUACAAGCUUGUCGUCCUCGGUGACGGUGGUGUAGGCAAGACGGCCCUCACCAUUCAGCUGUGUCUGCAACACUUUGUCGAGACUUAUGAUCCUACAAUUGAGGAUCAAUAUCGAAAGCAGGUCGUCAUCGACAGCCAACCCUGCAUGCUCGAAGUCCUCGACACCGCUGGCCAGGAAGAAUAUACCGCCCUUCGCGACCAAUGGAUUCGCGACGGCGAGGGCUUCGUCCUCGUCUACAGCAUCGCCUCUCGCUCCUCCUUUUCUCGCAUCAAGCGAUUCCAUCAUCAGAUUCAGCGAGUCAAGGAGUCCUGCGCCUCCUCUCCCUCCUUUCCCGGCUCCCCCAUAUCCGCCGCCACCCCGCAACUGCCCGUUCCCAUCAUGCUUGUCGGCAACAAGAGCGAUCGCGUUACCGAGCGCGAGGUAUCCACGCAAGAGGGCCACGCCCUCGCCCGUGAACUUGGAUGUGAGUUUGUCGAAGCCUCGGCCAAGAACUGUAUCAAUGUCGAAAAAGCAUUCUACGAUGUUGUCCGCGUCCUCCGUCGCCAGCGCCAGGCAGCUUCACGUCCCCAAGGCGCCGCCAGCGGCCGCAGCCGCACAGGAAACGGUGACAUGGGCGGCCGCGACCGCGAUUCUCACAAGUCGCGCCGCAAAGAUGGUGAGAAGAGCAAGGGUCGAUGUAGCAUUUUAUGA